AUGUCCAACUUGAAAUUCUUAUACUUAUCCUCCAAUUCAUUCACUGUGAAUUUCAACAACUCUGGUGGGAUGCCUCCAUUCCAAGUUGUAGGGCUUGUGAUGACUUCAUGUGUUUUGGGACCUUCAUUUCCAACUUGGCUCCAAUCACAAAAAGAGGAGAACUUUUUAGACCUCUCAAAUGCUAGCAUUUCAGAUUAUAUACCAAAAUGGUUUUGGAAUGCCAUGCCUAAUUUGCGGUUAUUAUCUCCUUCUCAUAAUAACUUUAUUGGACAAAUACCGGAGUUCCUAGAAGAGAUGUGUUCUCUUCAUAGCAUUGAUCUUUCAAGCAACAACUUCACCGGAAGGAUCCCUUCAAGCAUUGCUAGCUGUUCUUUCCUGCACGUGCUAGAUCUUAGCAGCAAUAAACUUUCUGGUGCUAUUCCAAAUUCCUUAGGUCAAUUGCAAGGUCUUCAAAUAUUGCACCUAAGUGAUAACCAUCUCUCAGGGAGGGUGCCAUCAUCUCUCAUCGAUUUAUCCAAUUUGAUAACUAUGGAUCUUGCAAAUAAUGGACUGUCUGGUGAGAUACCUACUUGGAUUGGGCAUGCAUUUUCACAUCUUCAGGUUCUUAAGUUAAGGUCCAAUUCAUUCUUUGGACAAAUACCUUCUGAUCUCUCAAAACUAAGUUCUUUGCGAGUCCUAGACCUUGCGGAAAAUGACUUGAGUGGCAACAUUCCAGCCAACCUUGGUGAUCUUAAAGCAAUGGCUCAAGAGAAAAUGAAUGAAAAUUUCAAGCAUGCAGCAUAUCAAGAUGUGAUUUAUCAUGAUAGGUUGGUUAUGAAUACAAAAGGCCAAUCACUAGUUUACACCAAGACUCUUUCACUAGUCACCAGCAUAGACCUUUCUGGGAACAAUUUGUCUGGAAGAUUUCCUCAGGAAAUUACAAAGCUAUUUGGCCUAAGGAAUUUGAACUUGUCAAGAAACCAUAUAACUGGAAGUAUUCCAGAGGGCAUAUCCAAUAUGCAUAAGCUAUUAUCACUUGAUCUCUCGAGCAACCAGCUUAUUGGCACCAUUCCUCAAAGCUUGCCUUCCUUAUCAUUUUUGGGCUACGUGAAUUUAUCCUACAACAACCUUUCAGGCGUUAUUCCUUACAGGGGUCAUAUAACAACUUUUGAAGCAUCUUCAUUUGUUGGGAACCCUGGUCUUUAUGGCUGUCCCCUUCUUGUGCAGUGCCUACAUUACAAUGACGUUCCUGGUUCUGAUAAUGGAGCGAGUAAUGAUGAAACAGACGAUGGGCUGAUUGAUAAGUGGUUUUACUUGAGUCACUGA